UUAGUUCAGUCAGUUCAGUUGAUGUUUGGCAAAAGGGUCGUUGAAGCGGACGCAAACACUAUUGAAUCUUUAUAAAUUGUGAAAUUCUGAUGUUUUCAAUAUAUUUUUGGACUAAAUAUAAAAUAUAGACAAAUUUAAAGUAAGCUAAUGAAUUCAUGAUAAUUUUUGGCGCUUACAAACCCGAUUAUAGCAUAAAACUGUGAUUACGAUGACUUCGUAAAUUGUUUCAAAACAUUUUAUCAUUUUGACAUGUUUCUCUAUUGUGUUAUGUGCAAUAACGUUUAAAACGAGUGCAACAAGUGAACCUCUCGAUUUUAUAUCGUUGGGAUUGUGAAAAUCUAGAAAGGUGGAAGUGCUUUCGGAUUGUUUGUGUCAUCAUGAAAGACGUGUUCAGGGAUUUAAGGACGAACUAUAGUUACUUUUUGAUGGUGUUAGCACAUUUGCGUUGUAGUACCUGAGCGUUGAAUAAGGAGGAAGGUGCGGGCGGGGAGAAUGAAGCAGAGGUGAAGCAAGAGCCGCCUUCACCGUGGAGCACCUGGUGGGCGGCGGCGGCGCCGGCGGGCUGCUGCCCGGCGCCUCGCCCCAGCACCCGCCCAACAUGCUCCAGCCCAUGGAGGAUAUGAUCCUGCCACCCAAGCGCCAAGCUGUAGUGGAUAGGUUGAGACGAAGAAUCGACGCAUAUCGUCGGCGACAGAACGAGUGCGUCCCUCGCUUUGACCAGUCAUUCACGGGCGCCUGCGAGCAGCAGAAUCUCGAGACGAGCGCGCUGCAGAAGCGUUUCCUCGAGGGCAAGGCCAAGAGGCAGGCCAAGAAGAGCGACCGCAAGCCCGACCUGCCCGCUAUCAGCGGGAACCUGCAUAGUAGCGUGCAUGUGCAACAAAAAUUCGGUUGCGGCGAUUACGAGCCGCCGGCGAAAUUGCAAUGCACCGGUAUCGGCGGCGCCGGCGAGGCGCUCACCAAGUUCUCGGUGGAGAUCGUGCAGCAGCUCGAGUUCACCACCUCCACCGCCGACUCGCAGCCGCAGCAAAUCUCCACCAACGUGACGGUCAAGGCCCUCGCCAACGCCGUUAAGACGUCCAAUUCGCCGCCCCCGCAGGCCCCGCCGCGCGUGCCCACGCCGCUCGACUGCGACCGCGAGUGCAAAGCCGAGUGCAAAUCAGAAGUCGCCGAGGAUGAAUUCGUCGGCCUAGACGAAUGCGCUGCAGCGUUAGAGCGCGAUGCCGCAUCCGCGUUCCCCGGGCUGGCCGAGCUGAUCGGGGAAGACGACGGCGACGAUACUUUCGAAGAUCUCAUUACUGAAAUUGCCGAGUAUCCAGAGUUUAUGAAAGAUUUCGAUCUGGACGGGAGCAGAUUCAACGGGCUAGGCAGCAUGGAACCUCCGGAAGGCGAGCCCGCGCCGCGGUACGGCGGCACGAGCGGCGAGAUGUCGCCCGCCGCGCAGACGCUAAAGCACAUGGCGGAGCAGCACCAGCAGGCGGCGGGCGGCGACUGGCGCUACCGCGGGUACAGCGCGGGCGGCGGCCCGAGCGCCGGCCCCGGCGCCGGCGGCUACCGCCCGCGACCUUCGCUCGACCACCUACACAUGUCUCAGCAUCAGCAGCUUCAUCUCUCGCAACCUCAUCAUAAUCUUCAGGUGUCCGCGGCUCAGCACAUGCAGGUGAGCGGCGCGGGCAGCGGGCACGUGUCCGUGGCGGCGCAGCAGGGCAUGUACGCCAACUUCCAACACCAACAGCCAACCUCGCAGCACCACCAAGGCGGUGGAAACGAGUCAUACUCGAUGUCACAGUCGCAGAGCAUGAACUUCUCGCAGGCGAUGCGGCCGCGGCCCGCGCACCCCGCGCAGUCCGCCGCGCCGCCGCAGCAAGGGCCGCAGGCGCCUAUGGGCGUAGCCGCGGCGGGUAUCUCUCGCGAGCAGCAAGCGAAGAUGCUGCAGCAACAACAGCAGCACAUGCUGCGCGCGCAGCAGCAGCAGAUGCGGCCGCCGCCGCCCGAGUACAAGGCGCGCUUCUCGGGCCCCGGGCCCCUGGCGCCGGGCGCGGGUGUGGGCGGGCCCGCGGCGGCGGCGCGCCGGCCCGCGCCGCCGCGCGCCUACGCGCCGCACCUGCCGCGCCAGUACUCGCCCGAGUGGCGCCACGCCAUGCUGCAGCAGCACCAGCGCCAGCAGCUCCACCACCAAGGCGGAGGAUUCGGCAUGGGCGGCAUGGGCGGCGUGGGCGGCAUGGGCGGCAUGGGCGGCGCCGCGGGUGCGGGCAGCGCCGCGCAGCAGCAAAUGCAACUGCAGCACUCGCGCAUGCAACAGCAACUCUUGCAGCAACAGCAGCAACAGAGAGCGUCGAAUCAGCAGGCCCCUAUGUCACAUCUCAUUAUGCAGCAGAAUCAGAUGAUGAACGUUCAAGGACAGAUGUCGAAUAUUCACAUGAACCAAAGUCAGAGCAUGUCAAUGCAGAGCGGCGGCAUGGCCGGCAUGGGCUCACACGGCGCGCACGGUGCGCACAGCUCGCACGGCGCGCACGGCUCGCACGGCUCGCACGGCUCGCACGGCUCGCACGGCUCGCACGGCGGCAUGCUGGCGGGCGCGCUGCAGCAGUUCCCGGCGCUGCACGGCUCCGGCUCGUUCUCCGGCGCCACGGCGGACUUCAACCUGGACUUCCUGGACAACAUGCCGUCCAGCGACGCCGGCAGCCUCACCGCGCAGGAGCUGCUCAACUCGCUCGACAACUCCCUUUUCAACGACAUCCUAUAGGCCGAGUGCCGACCCGCGGCCACUAGCCGGCCGUUCAGCAGAACGCUCCGGAGGAUCGGUCUCGAUUAGUGACGUACGGUGAAAUAGUGUAUUGUGCCAAGGAACGAAAUUGAGAAGUCGAAUGCGGAGGAAAUAGUGCUAUAGUAGAAUUCAGCGCGUAGCGAAAGAUUCUACAGACGUGGCCUGGGAAUGGAGAGAUGACUAUAGAGACGAAAUUUUGUUACAGAGUGACGCAAAAGGAAUAUUAGAAUCGUAACCCCGCCGGCGUGGCCCGGAGCGAUGAUGACCAAAGUUUUUAAACAGGAAUUUUAAAACAAUUUCCAGCGGCUAAAGUGAUAUUUAGAAUGUUCUUUGCCGCGAAAAACGGUGUGUUCGAAGAUUCUCCCGUAAUUUUAUAUGAACUUUCAGCGUUGUUUUAGACUAUUUAUAUUCAAAGAUAUCGAUUUCAUAGUAUUUUAUAGUGUUUACGGUUGUUAAUACUUCUUUUGUAAAUAUUUUAUCAUACUUCCAGGAUGCGUAGUAAAUAUUCCGAUCCGCGUUAAAACCGCGCCACGACGUUACCGCCAGUGGCGUGGGUUCCAGUUCUCUUGUAUAAUAAUAGGUCCCCUCCUACACUCGGAGUAGAUAAAUGAAUAGGUAUUAUAUUUAUUUGGAAUGUGUUGUAGAUAUGAAACGAAGCACAAAAGACAUUAUAUCAGUAAUAGAAUGAGUUUACCUUCCGUAGUGAUUGUGUAGUCCCCGAACCCGCAGUCCGCCUGGGGGAGAGCAACCCCACCUUCUUUAUAUCAUAGUGCAAAUGUAAAUUUAUGUAAUUACGGCUAAAGUAAGAUCAUUCCUGUACCUAAGAUAAUUAUUUAGUAGAUUAUACUGUGAUGACGGUCUCAAUGGUCAAUAGGUAACAUUAUAGUAUCAAUUAUUAUAGAUAGAUAGAUACUGUUGACUUAAGUAUUGUCAGGUCUAGAAUCGUUAUUGUUAAGGAUCUCAUGUAUUAUUUAGGAUGGUUUUGUGGAAAUCUGGAAUUUACAUAAUGUUGGUUUUUAUAAUAAUUUAAUGAACUCAUGACAUUCUUAUAAUUCCAUAUAUUUUUAUUUAUAUAAUUUUGUCACUCGUGAAACUAUCAUAAUAUGUUAAUAUUAUGAGACAUCAAAGUAUCGAUAUAAGUUAUAUAAUAGUUAAGUAACGAUUCCACUUUCAUAGGGAGUGGGACGUGUGCUCUCUGCAACUCGACAAAUGAAAUACAGCUAUAGAACCAAUUGUGAAUGGUAACAACAUUCCAGAGCCAUUGUUAACAAUGUUUUAACUUUAGGACCAAUUUUUGAAUGUUCUUUUGAAAAUAAUAUUGCAUAUUGAUACAA